AUGCUGUCCCGAGGAGCGGCCGUGGCCGGCGGCGCCCUGCUCUUGCAGCCGCAAUGGGUCCAAGUUAGGAACAUGGCAACUUUGAAAGACAUUACCAGGCGCUUAAAGUCUAUCAAGAACAUCCAGAAAAUAACCAAGUCCAUGAAGAUGGUGUCAGCUGCAAAGUAUUCCCGGGCGGAGCGAGAGUUAAAGCCUGCGAGAGUUUACGGAGUAGGGGCACUGGCUCUCUAUGAGAAGGCUGAAAUCAAGCCAGCGGAAGACAAGAAGAAGCACCUUCUCAUCGGGGUGUCCUCCGACCGUGGGCUUUGUGGGGCUAUCCACACGUCGGUGGCUAAAAACAUCAAGAGUCAGAUUUCAACUCUUACGAAGGCGGGCAAGGAAGUCAUGGUGGUCGGCGUGGGCGACAAGCUCAGGGGCAUUCUGCAAAGGACGCACGGCAGUAACUUCUUGUUGAGCUUCAAAGAAGUCGGAAGAAAGCCCCCCACUUUCGGAGACGCUUCCAUCAUCGCCUUGGAGCUGCUGAACUCUGGAUACGAGUUUGACGAGGGAUCAGUCAUCUUCAAUCGGUUCAGGUCUGUUAUCUCUUACAAGACAGACGAGAAACCGAUCUAUUCUCUUGAGACAGUUGCAGGUGCUGAAAGCAUUAGCAUCUAUGAUGACAUCGAUGCGGAUGUGCUGCGGAACUACCAGGAAUUUACGCUGGCCAACAUCAUCUUCUACUCCUUGAAAGAGUCCGCCACCAGUGAACAGAGUGCCAGGAUGACCUCCAUGGACAAUGCCAGCAAAAACGCCUCCGAGAUAAUUGACAAGCUGACUCUGCUGCUCAAUCGCACCCGCCAAGCUGUCAUCACCAAGGAGCUGAUCGAGAUCAUCUCUGGGGCCGCCGCUCUGUAA